AUGCCUGCGACCCAAUUUGGAGACAACAGCACUGUCGUCGGUGAUCCGAGCCCUCCCUUGCCCACUACGAAAGAUCACGUAGAUGAUGGCUUCCAUUCUUCUACUUCCAAUGGACAUGCGAAAGGCAAAGCCAAGCUUGAUGAAUUCAUCACAACGGCAGACUACAUGUCGACGGACAGACCUUUCUUCGUGCCUAUUGGCAAGGACGGUUUGAUUGCAGCACUCCAGAAGCUUGAUGCUCAGCUAAUCAAGUCGGGGAGAAACAAAGUUCUGUCUAAGAAGGCACCUGUAGAUUGGAUAGGCAAAGAAAUCAUGCCUGGCCAAGUUGGCCUCAUUAAUCAUGGUGGUACUCCAAAGAUCUUGACGAGACCGGGUCGCUACCCCGGCUUCCCCCUAAGAAACUGGUGGGCGCGCUCGUGGGCCGGGGUCAAAGGCCUCUCGGAUACUGUCAUCGAAUUCCAAGGUCUCACCGUGGUACAGGUAUCGCAGAACCAGGCAGCCGUCAUUUCUGAUCCGCAGAACCACAUCUUCGUCAUUCGAAAUGGAGGCUUCGUAGCGAUGGCCAUCGAGGGUACCUAUGAUGUACUCUCGAUCGUCGACCAAACACAUUUGCCUGGCGUCGUGAAAGAUCGCCUCACUGGCGUGACUCUAGGAUGGACCCACGAGGUCAAGAUGAAGAGCCGUGUUGGUGCCGCGGAAGAGCGCGAAUACGUCGUGGCGACAUUCUUGAAUAUCCCAGCCAGCAAUUGUGCUAUUCUUCAACGCGGUGACGACUUGGAACUUCUUCCUGCUGGACAAUCUGUUGUCACCAACCCCAGCGUCACUCUCCGUGGUCUGUACACCUUGGGUGAGAACCAGCUGGAGAUGCCAACGAAGGACAUCUUCACUCGCGACCAAGUGCCCGUCAGCCUUACGAUCUACUUGAAAUGGCAACUCACAGAGCCUCUGAAAUUGACUACCCACGGCUACAACACGCCCUACGACGCCCUGCGUGAUAAGACCCAAUCAAUACUUACACAGAUCGUAGCCCACCUUGACUAUUCGGCUAUGGUCAAGCAACGGUCAUUGGGUCCUGAUAACAUGCAAGAAGACCCGUCGUCGGCGUUCUUGGAUGCGUUGAGAACCCGCGCGAUGGAUGAGAUGCACGAGGCUGCGUUGGAAUACGGUAUCGUGUUGAAGGAUCUGGCCGUCAUCGAUCGUCAAUUCAAGGGAGAAAUUGCAUCAACCAUGGACAAACUCACUACGCGUGCCUUGCAAGCUCAGGUGGAAGCCGCGAAUGUAGACAGAGAGAACAGCAACAAAGUGAAGCAAGAAGAGGGUGCUCUUGCUGUCGCUCGCAUUAAAGCACAGGCCCGCAAUACAGCCGCAGACGCUGAAGCAUACAGCGUCGUUACUGCUGCAAAGGCUCAGGCCCAGCGACUCAAGAUUGAGGCUGAAGCUCAAGCCGAAGCGACUCGCCUAGCGGCCGAGGCUGAUGCACAGGCCAUCAAGACCAAGGCAGAGGCAGACGCACAGGUGGUUGACCAAUUCGCCAGAGAGAUGGAGCUCAGGCGUAUGGAGGUCGCGCGUGUCAAGGCCUUUGGCUCGAAGACUAUCUUUGUUCCAUCCGAAGCGCAAGGUUCACAGAUGGGUAGCGCAAUGGCGCUUGGUAUGGCCGCUGGCAUGGGUGCGGACGCCCGACGUGCAGCCCAGUAA